UAUUUCUAUGCUUAGUUUCUACCGUGCAGAGUUUAGAGUUAGGCAGCUUCAUCAUCGGUCAAUUCCAUAUAACUCCUAUACGUGAUUGGUUAACUCCACUCUGUUUAACCUCAGCACGGUGGAAACUAAUGUUAUAUCUAUGACUCAACUCUACUUGAGCGUGCGCCAGAAAAAUCCCGCGAUCUGGCAAGAUCUGGCAACACCCAGAGCAGGGGCAUCAUCUGUAUAAUUCAAUUUGGUUUCGAAGUGGAAUUUUUGAUCUUUUGGCAGUGUAUUUAUAAAAGUUCAGUAUGUCUGAAUACGAAAAAGUUCGCACUGGAAAACUGGUGUUAAAAGGUGAUAAAAAGAAGUCUAAGAAACGUAAACAUAAGAAACAAGGAAAAGAUGACGAAAGUGCCAAUAAUAAAGAUAAUGAUGCUUUACUUCAUGGGGGAUGGUGGAAAGCUAAAAACGUAUCUGAAAUGACGGGAACAGUAACCAUAGAAUUUGGGAAGCAAACUUACAUGAAAGCUCUUGAUAAUGGACUUUUCACUCUUGGUGCACCUCAUAAUGAAGGGGAUGGUCCGUCUCCAGAAGAAAUUCUUACAGCAUUUCCUGUUGGUGAAACGAAGAUUGCAUUGAAGUCUGGGUAUGGAAAGUAUCUUGGAGUAGACAAGAAAGGAGUAGUAGUAGGCAGAAGCGAUGCGGUUGGUGCAAUGGAACAGUGGGAACCAAUUUUUCAGGAUGGCAAACUGGCAAUCUUAGGUAACACUGGCUGUUUUAUUUCUGUAACUGAUGAAGACGAUGUGGUUUGUCAGAGUAAAACAGCAGGACCAUCUGAAUUUCUAUGUGUACGAACUAUGACACAAAGAAUUGACGACUCCGCAAAGGAUGUUCCAACAGAAGAGCAAGGCUCGCUAGCAGAUGUUGAAGUAAAUUAUGUACGUAAAUUCCAAAAAUUUCAAGAUAAAAAAUUACGCGUAAACAAAGAUGAUCGUACGCAAUUAGAAAAGGCGAAGGUCGAAGGUUCUCUACACGAAGCCUUGUUAGACAGAAGAAGCAAGAUGAAAGCCGAUCGUUAUUGUAAAUAAAGACUCGUACAUUUCGUACAAUAAUCAAUGAAUGUAAAUACAUGGUAAUGCAUUAAUUCAAAUGAUUAAAUGUUUUUAAGAAACAUAAA